GCUGGCGCCGGGCAAACACCACCACGACUACCGAACGACCGAGCGACGUCCAUCCCGUCUCCACAUCUUCAUCAGAGACGAGGCUGCGACAAAGUACUAGUUAAUGUACCAGAUUAAUGUUUUAAAAUGCAAUAUUUAAUUACACAACCUAAAUUACCGUUGAAAAACUUGUGGUGGUCGGUACUGUAAGACUCUCCCCUAAGAAAAAAAUUAUAUAAUAAAUUUACACAGGUUGUUUCUGAGUUCUUGUUUUCAUUUGAAAUGUUGCUUGCUAUUGAGGAAUUCCUUAUUAUAUUGUCACAUGCUGUUAAUUAAAACAUACCGACAUGCGCUCUCUCUAUAUAUAUUAUAGCAUAGAGGUACUGGUAUGUCUUGCUGCGUCUGUUAAUUACUUUAAUUAGUGCUCGAGUGCUGAAUCGGAGGUUGCUUGGUGGAAUCCCUCUUGAACGAGAUCAUCAUGUUAACAUCAGGCAUCCACACAAAUAAUGGAUAUUGGCAAAGAAAACGGUCAGUAAUGUUAAUAAACUAUCUCAGGAUUAGCCUUGGGUGAUUUAAUGAAAAUUUGAAAAACUGAAGUUGGGAUAUUUAGGACAGAUUACGAGCCUGCAUUUAUUGGAUUGCGAGUACAAUGAAGUACCUAGAGUAGUUUGGUAGGGCCAAGAAUAAAGUAAGUAAAGGCAGAGGCGCCACUCCCAUAGUAAUGAUAGUUUGCUUAAAUUUGUAAACAAAACCCUUGCCAUAGAUAAAACCACCAAUUCAUUGUAGAAAUAGUUCAAGUGUAUAUCGAUGGCUUAGAAUGAAAACCUUGUAUCUCAUAAAAUGCAAAUUUUACAUCAGAGACAAAAAACCGUGCUACUGAUAUACGUGGUUUCCUUUUUUUUCCCGAUAUAAAGCAGUUGGAUGCACAUUUUAUUUCUUUCAGCCAAACAUUUUGUGAGAUACGAGGUUUUCCAGCCAAAAACAUAAAAAACGUAUUUUCGUCCAAAAAUUGAGAUACGAGGUUUUCAUUCUAAGCCAUCGAUAUACUUAAGUAAUAUUUUUCUGCACUAGUAAAAUCCAAAUUAUACAGCCAGAUUGAAACUGAUGAUCGUUUAGUAAUGAAUUUUAUUUCUGUUUAAUAUAUUUAUUUUACAUUAUUAUAUAUUUUUUUAAUUUUCAACUUCAAAAACUACAUUAGCAGGUAAUACGGAGAACGACAGGCCAACGUGCUCUAAUUUUUGUUUUCGUCAAUAUGCCAUGCAGCAUCUAGUUUUCAGUGACAUUUUAAAAAUAUAUGCUUUUACUUUCAAAUCCCAUUAUUACCACGAGACAAUACAAAGAUGGCCGUAUGUAAUUAUAACAACUGGAUAUGUAAUAAACUAAAGAGAUCAAAACUUGUAAUCUAUUUUUUCCGAUUGUUGGUGAAACAUGGUAUGAUCCAAUUUUUAAGGAUUCAGUUUGUCCUAUCUGCUGUCACCCCCCUGGUAAAAGGCGUUAUAAGACGAAGCCACCUUCCGGCAUUAAACAGACUAGUCAAACACCCACUUCAUACCAUGUUUCGCCGGGCCCUUCAAGUCGCAGACUACACCAUAUAGCGCGAAUUUACUCAGAAACAGUAACGAUUGACCUGAAACAAAAGAAGUGAAUAAGGAGGCAGCGCUUCCUGAGGCUUAAAUACAUGACCCUAUAGUGCACAGCACAAGUGCAAGAAGCCUGAGGGUAAAAAAAAGGGGGAGGAGAGGGGGUCCUAAGCAAGGAAAGGAAAGGGAUGAUGACACAAAACAACGGGGAAGGAAAUAUGGGAGUCCGAGGAGGAAGGUAGGGAGGGGGGAGCCACACUGUGACAACUAAAAACAAAGGCGGUAAUAUCAUUACAUUGUUAUUGACAAGUCGAUUAGUUUAAUAAAAACAGAAUACAAAAAAUAUAACAUAAUAGACUGCAAAAACACACUCAGGCAAAAAAACCCGUCAAAACGAAGAUAACACGAGCUACGAGCUUGAUAAUUCUUUGAAAACAUGUUAUAUAACACAAUAGUUCAGGAAAUUCCUGAUAACAAGUGAUAGGUAUAAAAAUAACAUGACUGAUAGCGCACUCUACUUAUUCACGGCACAGACAGUCAAGAUGCAGAUCUUCAGUUUAGUGCUUCUGUUGGCGGCCCUGUCUGCCGUCCAGGUGGCGAGGUGCGCGCGCAUCCUCGGGGUGUUCCCCAUCACGUCGGUGAGUCACCAGGUGGUGUACCGCGCCGUCAUGGUGGAGCUGGCCCGAAGGGGUCACGAGGUGGUGGUCAUCACCCCUGACCCAAUCAAAGACCCCUCGCUCAAGAACUACACAGAGAUCGACACCUCCUUCAUGUACGAGGACUUCCGCAAAACUUUCGACUUUGCGGACCAGCGGGUGGGCGACGACUCGCCCUAUAAGGUAUCGGACGCACUGACAGCGUACGGGGUGCGGCUGUGCGAGAUGUUGCUGGACUACGAGCCAGUCAAGAAGCUUGUCUCCUGGACCAACACCGGAGAGCACUUCGACCUGGUGUUUCUCGAGUGGGUGAACACUCCAGGAACGUAUGUCUUCGCGCACAGGUUCUCCGCCCCCUACAUCGGCAUCGCCUCGCUCCCGCCUUUCGGGUUCAACAUCGACUCCGUCGGCAACCCCACCAACCCCUCGUACAUCCCGGAUCCCUUCAUGCCCUACUCCGACAAGAUGUCCUUCUUCGAACGGCUGGACAUGCUCGUGUACGCCCUGUGGUCGCGUCACUACUUCUACAACGUCAUCAUCCCCAGGACCCAGGCCUUGGUGGAACGUCACCUCGGUCGUUCCGUGCCGAGCAUCCUGGACAUGCACUACAACGUCAGCAUGUUGUUCGUCAACUUUGAGGCCAGCUUCCACCCGCCCAGGCCCGAGGUGCCAGCCGUGCUGCAUCUGCCGGGACUGCACUUGAAGCCCCCGAAGCCACUGCCCCAGAAUAUCCAGCAGUUCCUGGACUCGGCGCCCAAGGGCGUGAUCUACUUCAGCCUGGGCAGCAACGUGAGGAGCGACAAGUUGGACGCCAGCAAGCGACAGAUGUUCCUGGACGCCUUCAGACAGUUGGACGGCUACCGCGUGCUGUGGAAGUGGGAGUCUGACCACCUGCCCGGACAGCCGGACAACGUGAUGAUACAGAAGUGGAUGCCACAGCAGGACGUACUGCGUCACCCCAAGGUGAAGGCGUACAUCAUGCAAGGCGGACUUCAAAGCUCUGAGGAGGCCAUACACUCUGGCGUGCCCCUCAUAUCCAUUCCCUUCUUCUCAGACCAGGACUACAACACCAAGAGGAUAGUGGAGAAGGGAAUAGGAUUGAAACUGGACAUCAGCGAAGUCAGCAAGGAGAAGAUUCUAGAUGCUCUGAAAACAGUCUUAACAGACAAGAGUUUCUGGGACAACAUGAGGCGGCUGUCGUCGAUAAUGAGGGACCAUCAGUCGAGCCCCUUGGAGCGCGCGGUCUGGUGGACGGAGUACGUGCUGCGACACGGGGGCGCGGCCCACCUGCGCUCCGCCGCGGUCGACAUGCCGUGGUACCAGUACCUGCUGCUGGACGUGCUGGCCUUCCUGCUGGUGUCUGCCGCCGCGGUGGUCUUGUUGCUGUGGCGCACGGCCAGGUUCCUGCACGGCCGGCUACUGGCGCGCGGCUCAAGCAAGCUCAAGAACCACUAGAGCAACAUCAUCACCGGCAUGCCGUGGUACCAGUACCUGCUGCUGGAUGUGCUGGCCUUCCUGCUGCUGUCUGCCGCCGUGGCGGUGCUGCUGCUGUGGUGCACGGCCAGGUUCCUGUACGGCCGGCUACUGGCGCGCGGCUCAAGCAAGCUCAAGAACCACUAGAGCAACAUCAUCACCGGCAUGCCGUGGUACCAGUACCUGCUGCUGGAUGUGCUGGCCUUCCUGCUGCUGUCUGCCGCCGUGGCGGUGCUGCUGCUGUGGUGCACGGCCAGGUUCCUGUACGGCCGGCUACUGGCGCGCGGCUCAAGCAAGCUCAAGAACCACUAGAGCAACAUCAUCACCGGCAUGCCGUGGUACCAGUACCUGCUCCUGGACGUGCUGGCCUUCCUGCUGCUGUCUGCCGCCGUGGCGGUGUUACUGCUGUGGUGCACGGCGUGGUUCCUGCACGGCCGGCUGCUGGCGCGCGGCGCGAGCAAGCUCAAGAACCACUAGAGCAACAUCAUCACCGGCAUGCCGUGGUACCAGUACCUGCUCCUGGACGUGCUGGCCUUCCUGCUGCUGUCUGCCGCCGUGGCGGUGUUACUGCUGCGGUGCACGGCGUGGUUCCUGCACGGCCGGCUGCUGGCGCGCGGCGCGAGCAAGCUCAAGAACCACUAGAGCAACAUCAUCACCGGCAUGCCGUGGUACCAGUACCUGCUGCUGGAUGUGCUGGCCUUCCUGCUGCUGUCUGCCGCCGUGGCGGUGUUACUGCUGUGGUGCACGGCGUGGUUCCUGCACGGCCGGCUGCUGGCACACGGCGCGAGCAAGCUCAAGAACCACUAGAGCAACAUCACUGGCAUGCCGUGGUACCAGUACCUGCUCCUGGACGUGCUGGCCUUCCUGUGGUGUCUGCCGCCGUGGUGGUGCUGCUGCUGUGGUGCACGGCCAGGUUCCUGCAUGGCCGGCUGCUGGCGCGCGGCGUGAGCAAGCUCAAGAACCACUGACCGACCACUCAUUUCACGGGAACAUUGCUGUUUUUAAAUGUGCUUCACUGCCACGAUUGAUUGAACGAUGAAGAGAAUUGUUAUUUUUUAAUACGUUUUAAUUAUCAUAAAAUGAGAAUAAUUUUACGCUCAGAAUUUUUUUUGAAAUUAUGUAGUUUUUACUAAUAUCCACUUUAUCACACACACACGCACACACAUAUUUAUUUUACACUAUUUUUUAUAAAAUUGAAAAUUUCUAUUUCAUACUUUAUAAGAAAGAAAAAAAAAUUAAUCCAAACACAUUCUAGAAUAUUUUAUGCAUGUUCGUUGAAUUAGAGGCUGUUUUAGUUUUGAAAAGAAAUUGUAAUCAUUUAUGUCGGCAAAAUGAUUAUUUACGGCCUGAUAUAUGGCAAAUUAUGUCAGGAAAAAUUUUUGAGCACAUUUGGUUUAACUUCAACAUUUUCUCACAAAGCUAUGUGUAGUAAAGCAGACGUGCAGCAACUGAUAGCAUUGCCGCCUGCUCAUGUAUCUAAACCUAGGCCUGUGCACGAUGGAUUACGCAUGAAUGGAAAUGCGUUCUACUUGGCGAAAAUUGCAUUUGGUAGUAUAAAGGUUGAACUUUAAAACUUUAUGGACAAGAUGGAGGAACAAAAUUAAUGUGUUAUAUUUUAUACUGCCAUGUCAGUGUAUGUGUCUUUCUCUAUGAACUAUCAGUUAAAAAAUUUUUGUAGGUAUAUCUUUUAGUAUUAAACAUUUUUGCUCACGUAACUAGAUAUUUUUGUUAAACCAAUAAGAAAUUAAUUUUCAUUUUUCAUUCGUAAUAUUAUAUAACUAAAUUUUGUAAAACACUCUGGUAUUGGAUGAAGACAGCCGAACAAAAACUAUUUCUUGAAAAUAAUAAAAAUUGUUUGGAAUUUUGACGGAGGAAAAGAAAAUGACAUUAUUAUUCCAACCAGCUAAGAAACUAGACGUAUAAUUGUGGUAAAGAAGAAAUUGCAAAUUAUGAUAUUUUAAGUUAUUUAGAAGAAUAUUAUCAAAACAAUAUGAGAAAUAUAAUUAUUCUACAAGGAAUUGAAAAAUAUUUAGUUGAUUUGAAGAAAUAUAGUAAAUCAAAAAAUUACUUUUGAUAGUUUAUGAAGACGGAUUUUAUAGUACGAAAUUUGAAGUUUUGGAAAUUUAUGUUCAAGAAAAUUAACCCCUCUGCAAAUUAUUUAGAAGAAAAUAGACAACUUAUAGGAAGAACUAUAAGAAUUAUUCAGGCGUUCCAAGGACGAAGAAAUAGACAAUCUACAUAUCAAUUACCAGUUCAAAAUCAUCCAGAACCACCGAGAGGCGUUCCCAGGACGAAGUCGCGGAACUGCUACAAUGGUGUUCCCAUGAUAAAGAUACGUAUUAUUUGAUGUGGAGUUCCAGGACCAAGAAGGCAGAAACCGCGCUAGAUAGUUCUAAUACCCGGAACUAUUACUACAGGUUGGUCGUAUCGUUCUUAGGGAAAUCUUGUAAAAUUCACGAACCUUUUUAGAACAAACCCCAGAAUAUUUAAAUCUUUAAAAUCAUUUUGAACACAAGUUUACUUUGAAUACCAGAAUGUUGAGGUGUCUCUUGUAAAACCAAAUUAAGUAACUAUUGAACCAAAUUGUUUCAUAUAAUUUAUAAAUCUAUCGAUACUAGUACGAAAUACCCUGCUGUACCUAUUGUAUAAACAUGAUAAUGAAAAUUAAUUCACUUUGUAAACUAUUAAUUUAAUAAUUGAAGACAUUUAACAAAAUAAGUGUAAUGUGUUUGAUGAUAUUUCACUGAUAUAACAUAACUUAUGUGUAUAGCUUUUAUCUUAGCUUGAAUGACACUGAAAAGAAAAAAACAUUAUUUUCAACUUUACUAUACGUACUAAUAUUAUGGCAUUGUUAGUUUUUUUUUUUUUUUAAGUCAAAUCAUUCACAUCCUUUUACUUGUUUUAAUUAAUAUAAAGAUUUAACUAAUUGUAGUUUCUCAGAAACUGCUGGCACCAUAACCUUAAAUGAUUCAUAUUUUUAAAUUUUAUUUUAUAAAGUCACUAGAAUGGGUCUAAGUACCUAUUCGAGUUAUUUGAAGUCAGUGGCGUAGCCAGGACUUGUGUAUGGGGGGUGUUAAAAGCAUGCCCCCCCCCCUCCCCGUAUAAAAGUGGGGGGUCCGGGGGUCCUCCCCCGGGAAAAUUUGGAUUUUAAGGUGUAAAAUAGUGCUAUUUUAGCAGUAUUCGGUACUUAAAUUUAAAUAUUGUAAUGGUAAAAUUUUUAUUAAUUUUAAUAUGAAAUUUGUUUGAGUGAUGAAUAAGAUAUUAAUUAAAGAUUUGGUGCUAAGGGGGGGGGUUUGAACCCCUAAAACCCCCCCCUGGCUACGCCCCUGUUUGAAGUCAGACCAAUUUAUGCUAAUUGAUAAAUGUUUUGAUGGAGGUAACCCGAUAGUAUGAUGUAAAAAAUACCUGCCAUUAUUAAAAUAUCUUUAGUGAGUCAAUAUAUAUUUGCCCAUUUUUUUGGGGCUAUCAAGCAUGAUAUAUCAGAUUGCGGCUUAUAUAGUGACACACGAAUCUUUAAAAUAUAACUCAUGGUUUGACUGUUUGACAGAAACUGCUUGAAAACCAAAUGAGUAUGUGAAAACUGUCAUCUGCAAUUUCGACGAAGUAUAGCAUAUAGUAAAACACAGUAUCGAGAAACUCUCUCUGAUAAAAAACUAGAGUACACAUGUCAAAGAUCUGGCUGGAUGCUGUCUUCAGUUAACUGAUUGGAGCUGAGAAUUAGUCAGUUAAGUCACUGUGGAAGUAGAUGUGUAUUGGAUAGGUAACUUACUUUUUCCUUUAAACAUGUAGUAAAAGUAAGAUUUACAGAAUAUACACUAUUUUUUAAAAUUUUUUUUCUGGUAAUCUUAAUUAGAGUUAAAUCCUCGCCUGAGAAUUUUUGACAUGAGUAAAAUUUAAUAAAUUUUAAAUUUUCAAACUUUUUAACGUCUGAAAUGAGGAUCUCAUUAUGUGUUGACAUUAUUUUUACAAGUGCAUUCAUUAAACUUAAAUAGAACAAAAGAAGUCAAAGGUCCACGAAAGCAUGUUUUUAUAAAAUACUUUAGAAAAAUGAUAUAUGUAUAUAUAUUUGUCCCACAUCUUUAUUCGGAAAAUACAUGUUUGAUCUGGCCGUGGCUCGAAUCAAGGACUCAUCUCGAAAAUGUAGGGAGAGAGUUGUUGACGCUGAGAUGCAGAGCUGAUCCCUCUACAGACAGGGACUCGCGGUCCUGUCAGGGUGAUUGUCGCUUCGGUAACUCUUUAAACGAUAUGGUUGGAAAGGUUUGAUGGAUCUGUCUUCUAUUGAGCACGGAAAUGUGGUCGUGCCAAAAACCUAAACUUUGUUUUAAUUCUGUUUGGCUAAUAGUUGUAGUCAUUUUUCUUUGUCAUUUUUUUCUUGUUACUACAAUCAUAAUUUAUUUAAUUGUGAAAAAAUGACUCAUUAUUUAAUUUUAUAUUGAUUUGAAAUGAUUGUUUGUUUGAAUAAAAAAUUGUUGGGUGUGAGAAAAAA